UGACACGCCGCGUUCUCUCCCUGGUCCUGGGACUCUGAGACCCCGGGCAGCGGGCAUUUCAUUCCAUCUCUGUCCGCGUGUGGGCGAGGGGAUCGAGAGAAGAGAGAGAGCAACUGCUGGAGAAAGAAAUACUGAGAGAAAAGAAGACUGAGAGAGAGCCAUGAACAAAUGACAGAAUAGAGGGUGGAGAGGGAUUUGCAAAAACAGUUUACUAGUGAAAGAGAAUAUGCCGAUAAAGUUGCAGGGAGAAAAGAAAAUAGAAAAAUGUGGAGAAAGAGGGUAUCUUCAGAGAGUGAAGGGGAGCAAAAUAGGGAGGAGGUCCUUUAGUUAGCAGUAGGAGUGAGGGCGAUGGGGAUGGGAAGCACUUCGAACAGAAAGUUAGGGGGAGAAGAUGAAAUAGUUGGAGUCGUGGCAGACAGAGUGACUUGACAAGGGGUGACGGAGAUCAGACGGAGAAAUGAGGGAGGGAACUCAGCAAGCUGGGGGUGCCAGAGAGUGAGGGCAGAGGGGGAACAGAAAUGAGGGCAGAAGGGAGCAUAAAUAUAUAGAGACGGUCAAUCAUAGAUUGGGGAAGAGCAACAAGAGGUGAAACAGGGCAGGAGUGGAGCUGAACAGGUGUAGGAAAAGUAGAGAGAGGGGAGAAACAGCAGGAGAGGAGAUAGUGGAGAACAAAAUGAGGGGAAGAAACGGGGAGAGGAACAGGAAUGGAGAGUAAAAAGGAAGGAGACAUAAAAGACAGAGUGAGAGAGGGAGACACAUAGUCAUGCAGAAAGAGGGGGACUCAGAUCCAGAGGAGAGGGCAGUUGAUGGGAUAUGGAUGAUUAAGUUGUGACAUGCUGAUUUCUGACUUUAGUUUCUAAUCAAUUUAAAAUUUCUUUGAAGUAUACAGAUGAGAAUGAGAAUUGCAAAACCCCCUAUCUAUAAGGCUUGUGUACUUUAUGAUUGUUAGUCUCAGAAGAUAACUCCAUCACAACGCCUAUUCAGCAGGACUUCAGUGACUUGUCACAGUUAAUUUUGGGUCACCUUCUGCUCUUUUCCUGGGAUAGCUUUGACUUCUCAAGACUGAUCUUGCCUGAGAAUGAAGCCUGGAGGAGGAGGGAAAAAAGAGGCAUCCGGAAUAGCUUUUUCCCAGGGACUGUUAACAUUCAAGGAUGUGGCCAUAGAAUUCUCUCAGGAGGAGUGGCAAUCCCUGGACUCUGCUCAGAAGGCUUUGUACAGGGACGUGAUGUUGGAGAACUACAGGAACUUGGUCUCCCUGGAUAUCUCUUCUAGAUGCAUGCUCCAGGAAUUAUCACCAGAUGAGAACAUUAUUAAAGGAGAAUUAUUCCGAACAGUGAUGUUGGAAAGACGUGUAAGUCAUAGUCUAGAGAAUUUUGACUUCAGAAAAACCCUGGGAAGUAUGCAUGAAUUUGAGAGUCAUUGCAGAUAUUGUGAAAGAAAUUAUAGAGGAGUGACUAAAUCACAUAACAGCAGUCUCACUGGUAGAGAAGACCAACAGCAUGACAUACCCUGGAAUAAUUUUCUUCUAAAGCAGUGUGUUUCUGUAAGAAAAAAUGUGUAUCAAUAUUGUAAAUAUGAGAAUCUGUUUGUGAGGGAUUUAUUAAAACUAGAAAAUAACAUAAGCUACAGAGAAGACAAGAAUAUGAAAUGUUUUGAAAAUAAGAUUGGAUUAGCCUUUCAAUCAGAUCUGAAUGAACUGCAGAGAUUUCAAACUGCAGAGAAAAUUUAUGGAUGCAGUCAAAUUGAGAAAUCUAUCAAUGGUUGCCCAGUUUCACCACUUCAAAGAAUUCCUCCUGGUGUCAAUUUCAACAUUUGUAAUAAAUGUGGGAAGGUUUUUAAGGAUCCCUCAUUGCUUACACAACACCAGAAAACACAUAUUACAGGAAAACUUUAUGAAUGUAUUGAAGAUGGGAAGGCUUUCAACCAAAGCUCAAUCGUCAGUAAACAUCAGAAAGUUCAUUCUGGACUGAGAACUCACAAAUGUAAUGAGUGUGGCAAAGCCUUUAAUUACUUCUCAAACUUCAUUAAACAUAAGAGAAUCCAUACUGGAGAGAAACCAUAUAAAUGUAAUGUAUGUGGCAAGGUCUUCAUUCAGAAUUCAAACCUUAGGAGUCACCUGCGAAUUCAUACUGGAGAAAGACCUUAUAAAUGUCAUGAGUGUGGUAAGGCUUUUAUCAGACGUUCACAACUUCUGGGUCAUGAGAGAAUUCAUACUGGAGAGAAACCUUACAAAUGUAAUGAGUGUGGUAAAGCCUUUACUGUCCAUUCAUGCCUUACUCGACAUCAGAGACUCCAUAAUGAAGAGAAUCUUUAUAAAUGUAAUCAAUGUGGUAGGGCUUUUAUCAGUCGUUCAUACCUCUGGGAUCAUGAGAAAAUUCACACUGGUGAGAAACCGUACAAGUGUAUUGAAUGUGGUAAGGCUUUUAGGCAACGGUCUGACCUCAGGAUUCACCAAAGAAUUCACACUGGAGAGAAACCUUACAAAUGCAAUGAGUGUGACAGAGCCUUUACCGUGCGUUCAAGCCUUACUAAUCAUAGGAGAAUUCAUACUGGGGAGGAACCUUACAAAUGUAAUGAAUGUGGCAAAGCGUUUACCCAUUUUUCAAACCUUAUUAGACAUCAGAAGAUACAUACUAAAAAGGAGCAUUGUAAAUCUAAUACAUCUGUGAAUGCUUUUAUUCAAAGUUCAAACCUCGACGAUCAUACAAUUCAUAGUAAAGAGAAAACUUACAAAUGUCAUGAGUGUGGCAAAUCCUUUACUGUGCUUUCAAGCCUUACUAAUCAUAAGAGAAGCCAUACUGCAGAAAAACCUUACAAAUGUAAUGAAUGUAACAAAACCUUUACCCAUUUUGCAAACCUUACUAGACAUCAGAAAAUGCAUGCUGAAAAUGAACAAUGUAAAUCUAAUAUGUGUGUCAGUGCUUCUAUCGAAAACUCAAGCCUUGGGGAUCAUGAGAAAAUUCCUACUGGGGAGAAACCUUACAAAUGAAUGUGAUAGGUUUUGUUUUUUAUCAAAUGUUCACACCAUUGGAUGCAUGAGAGAAUAAAUACUGGAGCGGAACCCUUCAAAUAUAAUGAUGUCAUAAAUCAUUUAGUUAGUUUUCACAAUGGAUUACGUAUCAGAGAUGUCAUAUUAUAAGGAACUAAGCUUCUAGUCCUUAAAGAUUAAAAACCUUUUUGUUGUUAGGUGCCAUCAGGUCAAUUUCCAACUCAUAGCAAUCCCAUAUGACAGAGAAGAACUGCCCUAUAGGGUUUUCAAGGUUAUAAUCUU